AAACGUUUUAUUACUUCAAGGUGCAAUUAGUUCCGUCGUUUGACCAGCGUUAUCGUCAUGUUAUAAAGCAGGAUAUCCCUAACCCUAACCUGCGUUUUGCAAUUAAGAGACCAUGGUUGGUGCUAAUGUCAUGAAUAUAACGUUUGCCCAUGGACGUUCAGAUUAUUUGACAGAGUACUCCAGUCUCCAGCCACUUUGGAAUAACCUGAGAGGACGACAGAAGAUACUCCUCUCUCCUUAUUUACCCGCUGUCUUUGCUUUCCUCGUGCACCUACUUUUCUGCACACCUUUCCUGGCACUUGAGACACUGGGAUGCUUCUGGCCGCGGGUCAAUUCAUACAAAAUCACAAAGAUUUCUGCACCGCAAAGCCUGCGUCGAUGGUGGGAUUGUUUUUUGAGGAUACUACUGAAAUAUAUUUCAACUGUUAUUCCUGCAACUGCGCUCUUUCAAAGUUUGAGGACUCCAGUGUGUCCCGAGCUCGCUCCAUCCUGCAAUCAACUUUUCUUCGAAGUUGUCGUGAGCUUACUUUUGUUUGACAUGCUAUUCUUUGCAUGGCAUUACACCAUGCACCGAGUACCCUGUCUGUAUCGAUGGGUCCAUUAUGUUCACCACCAAAACCGGACUCCCUUUGCCCUGGCGGCCCAGGACGCCAGCCCAGCCGAGCUCCUCUCCCUGCUCAUCCUGGCCCUGGUUAGUGCUCACCUGGUGGGCUGCCACCCACUCAGCGAGGCCCUGUUCCACCUCCUCAACACCUGGCUGGCCGUGGAGGACCACUGUGACUACGACCUUCCCUGGGCCUUCCACAAGCUGCUACCCUGCAUGGGGGGGGCCCCCUUCCACCAAAUCCACCACCACAAGUACAGGGGAAACUAUGCCCCCUACUUCGUACACUGGGAUUGGCUGUGUGGGACCAGGAUCACCUAGCCUGGAAACCGACCCAUCUAUAAGAUCCUGGUUUCUUUGCUCUGUCAGAAAGUUGUGGACACCCAUUCAAACAUACCUUCGGCAUGAAAAGUGCAGAGCUGAUCCCAACCGUUUAUCUGAUAUGGGGAAGGUUGAACUGGAUAAACCAACUAGAUGGUGUUUUGUUUCUCUGAUUGGUCGUAUCAAAUUCUAUUUAACUGCACCCAAAAACUAAUUUUGCCCUGUGCCCCUUUACAACACCCCUUGAUUAAAGAAUGAACUGAGAGGACCCCCAGCUAUAAAAUGAGACUUUGUUCUGUGGCGUGUUUGGAAAUGCCAGGGUCAAACACACAUUAAACACAUUUAGCAUUUGAUCUGAGAAGCGCUUAUGAUGGUCAGUUGAACUGUUGUUUGUCUGAAGAACACUUUUCAUAUCUAUUGCAUCUAUCUAACACAACUACUAGCUCACCUCACCAACGGGUACUUUCGGUUUAGUGGCACCAUGGCAACAGGAGCUCCUCUCUGGCUCCACCAAUCCUUGAAAAAUAUACCUGAGCACCUGGCACCUGCACUGUGGAAUUUUCCCCAAAUACCUAAUUUCAUAAUCUCAUAAUAGUUUAUUACCCACUCUUACUGCAAUUGUUGGUACAUGUAUGCAUGUUUGGGAGAGAGAUGAAGGAAGGGAAAGAUAUGUCUAACAAAUAGCACUGCGACUACAGAUGUCUCCUGUUCUGUCAAAGUUGAAGGUUUUACUAGCAGUGACUGGGAUUUUGAGUCAGUUUCUUUGUCUGGGAAUACGCAGUGUCAUCGACCACAGGGAUGUUUUCAUGGGCCAAACUCAAACCAGAUGUUUUAGAAGUCUUGACGAAAUCCAGGAGUUGGUAUUAUUCUGCCUUAACCUCAAACUCAUGCUUUGGUUGUUUAUUUGCAAUUAAAAUCCAAUCAUCUUAGUGAUUGUGAGAAGUCAACGAUGAGAAAGAGUUUCGGGCAACCUUCCAUGCACAUCCGAAUCUUCCUGGGGCCGUAUCAGUUCCACUUGGGCUCCAAACCACAGGAGCGUUGGUCACAUAAAUCACACAGAUGUUGUGGUGUUUCAAAGAGAAAGAUCGAAGAGGUGAAAGUUGCUCAAGCCUGCUAUACUUCAUGUGACUACCAUGGGAACUGUAGAACACAGACUUACACACCAACCUGGCUCAGUUGCACAGACUGUUUACGUCCAACUGUUUGAACAUAACAUUUCAUUUAAUCCAUUGAUUCAGUUAUGAUACAGCACUUUUGUUACAUUUGUACUUGUUAUAACUUGUGUGUAGGGGUGUACAUUUCAGGAGGACUACUGUCAACUUGUGAGAUGGGUGUAUUUUGUCCUGUUGUCCUUACAAAUAAUGAACAAUAGUUUCAGCUUA